GUUAUGAAACAGUUCUUCACAGAAUCGAGUGAUAACAAUAAGAUAUUUAAGACUUUAUAUCAGGAUUAUUAAUGUACUACAUUAGUGACGAUGUGUCUCGUUAUAAGUUUAUUAUUUCUUUCGUCUUGCAUAUGGGGAUAUUUGCAAGCAGCUGUGACUCCCGGCACUACAAUGGAUGUAGCUGACCUAACAAUUGCUUUACCAGAAAUGAAAUACUAUGUUGUCCAAUUAAAGGCUACUCAAGAGAAAGCUUCUGCAGUAUGUAAAAUUUUUGGAACGGAACUUGUCAGCAUACCAGAUGCAAACAAGAAUGGUAUCAUCACAAAUUUGAUUCUUAGUUCAGGUGAGAGAUAUUGGACAUCUGGAAGAAAGAUACCCAAUGGAAAAUGGAUAUGGUGGUACAAAUUACCUGUAACUUACUUCAAUUGGGAUAUUGGGCAACCUAGCAACUCCGAGAAGGGUCAAUUGUGUCUACAGUUGCUUCCUUCUGGCGAAUGGAGUGCUAAACCAUGUGACACAGAACAGUAUUUUAUCUGUGAAGGUAUCAACGUGACCAAUAGUAGCUAAUCGGCACCAAACGUGUUUUUGUUACAAAACAUUUAUAACGAUAUUGUUUUGAACUGAUAUUUGAGAUGGAUAUUGUGAUAUAUUGAAACAGUAUGUAAUUAACAAUUUGCAGUAAAAUUUUAUCUAAAAUUAAAAAAAUCAUUCUUGGUUAUAUGUAUGGUGUUACAGUGUAACUUUGUUAUUUAAUACGUUUUGAAUACUUUGUAU